AGAAUGACAAUUGUGGUUGUAUCAUCGUGCAGUUCCAGUUCGUUCUCUCCUUCGUAACCUUUAACCUUUUCAAAUUCAUCUUUCAAUCGAAUUUAACAAUGAACAUGUUAGCAUCAUCAUCAUCAUCAAACAUGCUUCUUCUUCCCACCACUUCAAUUCCAUCCAUUCGAUCCAUCAAAACCAACUACCUCAACAUCAAAACAAACCGUUUCACUGCUUCUGCUGUUGCUGUUGCUGAAGAUUCCAUUUCUUCUCAGUCCUCUCCUUCUCUCCAGUCUCCGCCUCAAUCUCAGAAACUAGGAGUAGUUGUGAAACCAACAGACAAGCCAAGACUCGUGUUGAAGUUCAUUUGGAUGGAGAAGAACAUCGGUAUCGCACUUGACCAAAUGGUACCUGGCUACGGAACCGUUCCUCUAAGCCCUUACUACUUUUGGCCAAGGAAAGACGCGUGGGAAGAGCUCAAGGAGUUGCUAGAGAGUAAGCCAUGGAUAUCACAAAAGCAGAUGAUUAUUCUUCUCAAUCAAGCCACUGAUAUUAUCAAUUUGUGGCAACAAAGUGGUGGUAACUUGUCCUCCUAAGGCUCAAAUCUAGGAUAUUUCAAACAAUGUUUUUUGUUUUUGUAUCAAUAGGAUGUUUUCACCUUUUUCAUGUUGUGGCUGAUCUGUUGUAUUCUAUUUGCUGUUACUAUGUACACCAGACAAGUACCAAAUUCUUUUAGAUGAACAAUGAAAUUUCUGCAUGAUGAGAA